AUGGCUUCUCUUAGCACGGAGGUGCGAGCAGUGAUCUCCGGCUUCUUGUCGAAAGCGAAGGAAGGCACUCUUGUGCAGAGUGUGAACGCCCUCCACGACUACCUGCUCCAGCAGAAGCUGGCCUGGCGUCUUAAAUUGGGCUGUGAUUUUAUAGGUGUGCAUCCUGAAAAUAGGGAUGGCAUGGGCAUCUCGGCCUCUCAUGUGCAUGACCUCAUCAGCAGUAUUGCCGGAAUCGGCUUCAGCUCGGCAGAGAGCAGAGCCGUGUGUGUGGAGAUUCCGACAGAUUCGCGAGGCACUGCUUGCCGAGAGUUCAAUGCUCGGUUGUGUGAAGAGGCGAAAGGCAAACUUGCGCCUGUAAACCCAGCCUUGCUGAAGUACGCCUCCAUCGUUGGCAGCCAUGCCAACCAGGCUGCCAGAGCCUUCUAUCAUGGAAUCGCUCACGAGAACCCGAAAGUGAGCAUUGACGGUCGCCUGAGCUUGGAGAAGCUGAGCAUGUUGGACCCUGCCUGGUGCUCCAGCAUUCGGGAUUGCAUAGACUGGAUGAUUGUGUCCUUCGAGGUGACUGAGGCGUUUCCUGAAUACGUGGGCCUGGCACAGUCGGCUGGCAAUGCCGCAGGCCAAAUCGCUUCACGGGAAGGCGAGCUGCAACUGGCUCGGAAAGUCAAUCAGGCCAUCUCCGAGCACAUGGCCCGCAGUGGCAAGGACACCGUGUGUUACUCGGAUGUCGCACCUUCCAUCCUCAGAAGCAAGCCGCCCUCGGGCAGCUCGCUCCCGGGCAUCUUCACCUUCGUCCUCCGCUACGGUGGCGGAGAAGCCCCAGAUUCCUUUCUCAGAAAAACUGAGAGCCACAUUCGGGCCCAUGGCUAUGCUUCCCGCUGUCUGGGAGCUGACUUUUGGCAGGGCAUGAGCACGGAGAUGAAAGGGACGACCAAUCAACGAGUCCUGUGGCGCCACAUGGUCCUCAAGCUUGCUUACUGUGGCCCCGAGAAGAUUCUGAACCUCGCCGACAUCCGACGGGCCGUCUCCGCCAAGGACAUCCUCACCAAGGCAGACGAAGCGGAGAAGUUGUCCAUCCGCAUGCACCAGUUGCUGAGUUCCGAUGGACGAUUGACUCCUGAGGUCUUGGCGGCGACGAGAGCCGAGGUGGAGAUGGAAUUUGUGGCGGCGAUCUUCGCGAAAAUGAAGUACACCCCGAGGACUUCGCUCGAGCAGGUGUGUCACGAGUGCCUGCAAGGACUAGGCAUUCCGUCGCCCUUUGCACCUCCCCCCGCAACCACGUCCCAAGCGAGCUCACCCGGCAAGGAUGCUUCCCCCGGUUCGUACAUUGCCUGCAAGGAGAGUUGGGAUAUUCCCAGGCUGGGCUUCGAUAAGGGGGUGCAGGUUAUCCGAAAGGCGGACGACGUGGUCGCCGUGGUGGAGGAGAUCCAGCCGGACAAGGUCACACUGAGGCUCGAGGAUGGGUCGCUGGUCAAGAGCUCGACCACUGCCUUCAUCCAGGGCAAGUGGAAGAAACACACGGAGAAGAGCCAGCCCACGGAGGUGGAACAGUGGUGGGAGUCGUCGCCGUCUGCAUCGCCAGACUUCCUGAGCUCCGUGGUGAAGGGACGAGUCAUUUGGGCCAUGCACCAGCAGUACGAGGCAUUCAAACACGAGAAGUCAUUGCAGAUCUUCUCCAAGCCCAAGGAUCGUCUCGACAAGCUGAAUGCAACGAUUCAGCUCCCCGUCAUCAAAAACUUCCGUCGCAUCGAGGCCGAGGAUCAGUUGAUCGUCUACCGGCCAGAGUUGGCCAAAUCGGACGACGUCGAGCCGCUGCUGCCCGUGGCCGGUCCAAAGAAGAAGGCUAGGACCAGCUGA